UUACGUAAUCUUUGGCGCUCGCAGGGCGUCAGAGAAACUGGCUUCUGAACGUGAUUUGUGUCUGGAUUCGAACCUAGAAGCAACUUCGAUUUGCUCGCCUUCGCCUUUCAGAAAAAUUCAAGCUGGGCCGACAGGUUUGGGAGAUUUGAAUCGCGAGGCUGUACAUCCAUAUGACUCUGUGUAUGGCCUAGUCACCUUCGAGAAAACGUGGCUGGUCUUUCCGCUGGGGUCGCGUUCGCGCAGCUGUUUAGGUUCUUUGGUGUCUUCGGGCCGCAGUCUUGUUUAAUUCAAGUUGGAACUGAUGCACUGAAGGAAGCAAAAGUUUUGCCCUACCCACUCACCCAAGGGCCCUAGAGACCCCGCAGAUUAAUUUACGUUGUAGAUACUUGGAUGCUCUGCGGAGGAGGGUCUGGAUGCAUUUGAGUGGGAACUAGAAUUUAAAAGGUUCCCUGGAAUUCCGGAAACGGAGUUUUGAGCAGCACCACACCCGCAGCGUGGGAUCCGUGAUUGUCUCUCGCGAUCCUGGGACUUAAACAUGUAUCUUGGUUCUUGGUUAAAUCGUCUGUGCAGGGGUUUAUCCAGACCCAUCGGAAAGACCACCCAGCCAAUCUGGGGUUCUUUCUCCAGAAGUCUCACGUCGAGUUCACAAAGAAUUCCAGAAUUCAGUAGCUUCGUUGCUCGAACCAACACCUGCGGAGAAUUGCGUUCUUCCCACUUGGGCCAGGAGGUCACCCUGUGUGGAUGGAUCCAGUACCGAAGGCAAAACACCUUCUUAGUCCUAAGAGAUUGCCACGGUCUUGUUCAAAUUAUCAUUCCCCAGGAUGAGUCUGCUGCAUCUGUAAGGAAGAUUUUAUGUGAAGCCCCUGUGGAAUCUGUGGUGAAAGUAUCUGGGACAGUGAUCUCCCGACCUCCAGGACAAGAGAACCCAAAAAUGCCAACAGGUGAGAUUGAAAUCAAAGUUAAAACAGCUGAGCUCCUGAAUGCCUGCAAGAAGCUUCCCUUUGAAAUGAAAGACUUUGUGAAGAAAACAGAGGCACUUCGUUUGCAGUAUCGGUAUUUAGAUCUGCGAAGCUUCCAAAUGCAAUACAACCUGCGGCUGAGGUCGAAGAUGGUCAUGAAAAUGCGGGAGUAUCUCUGUAACCUGCAUGGGUUUGUGGAUAUAGAAACCCCAACAUUGUUUAAGAGGACCCCAGGGGGUGCCAAAGAAUUUUUAGUACCAUCCAGGGAGCCUGGAAAGUUUUAUUCUCUCCCUCAAAGCCCUCAGCAAUUUAAGCAGCUUCUGAUGGUCGGUGGUUUAGACAGGUAUUUUCAGGUUGCCCGUUGUUAUCGAGAUGAAGGUUCAAGACCAGACAGACAGCCCGAGUUUACUCAGAUUGACAUAGAGAUGUCUUUUGUAGACCAGACAGGCAUCCAGCAUUUAAUUGAGGGUUUGCUGCAGUAUUCCUGGCCUGAUGAUAAAGAUCCUCUGGUGAUUCCUUUUCCUUCCAUGACUUUUGCUGAGGCACUGGCCACCUACGGCACUGAUAAGCCAGAUACUCGCUUUGGGAUGAAGAUUGUGGAUAUCAGUGAUGUGUUUAGAAACACAGAAAUUAGAUUUCUUCAGGAUGCACUGGCCAAGCCCCAAGGAACUAUCAAAGCCAUACGUGUUCCUGAAGGAGCAAAGUACUUAAGAAAGGAAGACGUUGACUUCAUUAGAAAGUUUGCAGCUCACCAUUUCAGUCAGGAAGUCCUGCCUGUAUUCCUGAAUGCCAAGAGGAACUGGAGCUCACCAUGUGCUAAAUUCAUAAUGGAGGAAGAAAGAUUGGAAUUAGCCAGACUGAUGGAGAUACAAGAAGAAGACAUGGUGCUACUGACUGCUGGCGAACAUGAGAAAGCAUGCUCUCUGUUGGGAAAGUUACGACUCGAGUGUGCAGACCUUUUGGAAAUGAGAGGAGUGAUGCUCCGUGACCCAGCGUUGUUCUCUUUCCUCUGGGUAGUAGACUUCCCACUCUUCCUUACCAAGGAAGAGUGUCCCACAGAGCUGGAGUCAGCCCACCACCCAUUCACUGCUCCUCAUUCCAGUGACAUUGACCUCCUCUGUACUGAGCCUGAAAAGGUUCGUGGCCAGCAUUAUGACUUGGUUUUAAAUGGCAGCGAGAUAGGUGGUGGUUCCAUCCGAAUUCACAAUGCACAGCUACAGAGGUACAUCCUGGCAACAUUGCUAAAGGAAGAUGUGAAAUUGCUUUCCCAUCUGCUCCAGGCUUUAGACUAUGGGGCACCCCCUCAUGGAGGAAUUGCCUUAGGACUAGACAGACUGGUGUGUCUUAUCACAGGAGCACCUAGCAUCAGAGAUGUCAUAGCCUUCCCCAAAUCCCACCGCGGCUAUGACCUCAUGAGCAGUGCCCCGGAUUCUGUGCUUCCUGAGGACCUGAAGCCUUACCACAUCCAGGUCUCAUGGCCAGCAGACUCAGAAGAGGAGGAGAAAGCAUCAGCUACACCUUCCAAACACUUGAGCUCUUAAGUUUUGUCUUCUUUGCUUGACAAACCUAAAAUAGGAUCCAGACCUGCCACAGACUUUAGAAUCCAGUCUCUGUGGAAACCUUCAUCUUUGAGUAAGAGACAAGCUUCACAAUGGUAAUUUGGUAACAUGUAACAUUAGGACUCUGGAAGUUUUUUAAUCGGAGAAUUGUAAAACAAAACAGAAAACCUCUUUAUUAGAGUAUUUCAUCUUCUUGCUUUCCAAGCAACCAAAUUGAGCUUUGUGGUGACCUUUUAGCUAUCAACAGAAUAUACUAAGUAGCAUAGU